UUAUUUUUAUUAGAAUUUUUAUUUAUUUUAACUUCUUUGCUCUACACUUAAUUUUUAACGCUUUAAAAAUGUCCUCCAACUUUGGUCGCUGUAUUAUCUGCACUUUGGCCUUUGAACGUGACGAUAUCUCGGCUUUGCGUUGCGGACACACCUAUCAUUUCGAAUGCAUCUCAACUUGGAUUAAUACCUCCAAAUCUUGCCCAACUUGCCGCAAGAAGAAUCUCCCGAGAGACAUUAUCCGUCUUUAUGUUGACGAGCCAGACAAAUCUAUGUGCCAAUUUCCGGAUUCUGAAACUUCCGCAAACGCCGAGUAUGAACAAAAAAUCAAAACUUUAGAAUCUCAACUUAAAGAAAUUUUGCAGGAGAAAAUUAAAGUUGAUGAUGAAUUGGCUAGAGAGAAAGCAAUGAACAAUGACCUCAAGGCCAGGAUAAAGCUUAAAGACGUGCAUAUUAAACGGUUGGAGGGUAUUCUUGAAGAUCAAGAUGCGAUGAAGAAGGAAAAUUCUAGACUUAAGCAGCAACUUAGAGCUUCUGAUUUCUACUCAUAUGUCUGCAAAAUUUCUUCAACUGCCAACGAAACGGAAAUUGAGGAUAUUAUUAACAUGUAUUCAACUAAAAAUGGCGACCCCAAUUGUGGAGAAUUUCUCAAAUUAAUUCGAAAGCAAUUGAGGGCGAUGGAACAAAAAAAUAAAGAACUUCUUGAACAAAUUCGUAAAGAGCGUCUUGAGAAUAGCAAAAAAGACAAGGAACUUGAAAGGUUGCGGGAAGAGCUAUCUCAGAGUCGAAAACGUACAAAGGUUCCAUCAACUAGCAAAGAGUCACCUAUGGCUACACGGCAACGUACUGCUCGUCCUUCCUUUGGAUUUAGCUUUUAUGAAGAAGACAGUGAAAUUCAGAUAUUAUCUGGUGGCAGCCCAUCAUCUCCUAUGCGGGUUCACAAAUUUACUGGUCCAAAGUUCUCAUCUUCAAAUUCGAGUUGUCAAAUUCUGGAAGAGAUUAAAGGACAAUGCAAGCGGUAUAUGUCUAUUUUUGAUGAAAGCGAAGAUUUGGAGAAUAUUCCGCCGCCGCCGAGGCCGCCAAAGAAGACUAUUCCAAAAAACCCCAUUCAACUGGGGAACGAUUUAAUCUCACCAAAUUUGUUGGCACAUGCAAGCAAGAGCAACCUGAUGAAUUUCAACGACUAA